AUGGAAUGGGUCCUUCGAAGUCCACAAAUUCAUAGUACAUUCAGCAACCUCGGAUUUCUACAUGCAGAUGGAUAUCACGUGAACGAAAACUGCAAUGCUGCUUUGGAGUCUAUUCUUCACAAUAUCCUGACAGAGGAUAAAUAUCUACGUACAUAUCGUAGAAGUAUAAGCUUUGGACAAAACAUCAAAAAAGAUUUAAUACCUCUUCUAAUUCAUGCCAAAGAAGAUGCGACUAUAGAACUACUAAUUAGAAUACUAGUAAAUCUGACAAUUCCUAUAGAGUGUUUACUAUCUGUUGACGUCAUAUCUAGAAAUGAUUUUGGGAGACAUACUAUUUUUGAAAUUAAUAACUUGCUUGCUUCUACCAAGGUGGCUUUUACGGAUCACCGUGCGACUAAAGUGGUUAUAGAUUUCUUAAAGAAAAACGUCGAUUGCGAACAAAAAUCUAAGCUAACGUCAGAGCAAUGCACAAACAUUAGUAACAGCCUUCUGUUACUGCGGAAUAUUUUACACAUACCAGAGGAACCCAGUGGCCAAAGUCCUAGUUAUAAUGGGCCACACGCUGUACAGAAUCAAAUUUUAUGGAAUAUAUUUAGCCAAAGUAUUGAUAAAAUUCUCAUUAAGUUAAUGAUUAUUCCUGAUGCGAAUAAAUGGGCAGUAACAAUGGUUCAAUUAAUAGCAUUGCUGUACAAAGACCAACAUGUCGUGACCUUGCAUAAACUGCUCAAUUUAUGGAUAGAAGCUUCAUUAUCUGAAAGUUCAGAAGAUAAUGAGAGCAAUACAUCUCCACCAGACAGGGGUAGCGACUCGUCACCGAUGUGUACUUCUGAGCCAACAUCAGAUUCAUCAGAUACGGGUGGCAGCGGCAAGAGUAAUGAUGAUCCCAAUUCUGUUAAUAAGGAUUGGGAUGCGUCUUCUCAAAUGAACAACACAAGUGAGAAUGGUAAUCCACCGUUUCAGACAACCGAAGAAAAAGAAUCGGAUAACGAAGAUAAAAAUAAUUCAAUAGAAAGUAACAACGAUGAGAUUGUGCAAUCCGAUAACGGUCAAUCAACGUCUUGCAGUGGAGGCGCUCAGACUAAUAGAAGUGGCCCGACGCAACCAUCAAGUAACACUGAAAAGAAAACUGUGAUAUCAGAAAAUUCUGAUUGCGGUUAUGGCACACAAAUCGAAAAUCAAGAGUCAAUAUCGACGUCAAGCAAUGAAGAUGAGUUGCCAUCAAAGAAACCUGUUCAUCAAAAGCCACACAACCCCAAGCAGAGGGUAAAUAACAAGGCUCGCUCAGGCGUUACCAUGCAAGACAGGAAGCGGAAGAAAAUUGUCAAAAGAGGCAAAUCUAACAUAAUCAACGUCCAAGGAUUAUCCCAUAAGACGCCGACAGAUGAUGAUAUAUCCAACGUUUUAAAAGAGUUCACCGUGGAUUUCCUUUUGAAGGGUUAUAACUCAUUAGUACAGACACUUCACAACCAAAUUUUGUCCAACCUUCAACUAGAAAUAGACACAUCGCACUUCUUUUGGUUGGUCACUUACUUUCUGAAGUUCGCUACGCAAAUCGAAUUGGAUUUGGAAAAUGUUAGCUCUGUUUUAUCUAUUGAUAUAGUUUCGUACCUAACUGCAGAAGGGGUAAAUCUAUGUGAACAAUUUGAGUUGGCUAUAAAAUUAGAUGGCAACGACUUAAAGCCCAAUAUUAGGCGACUUCAUUUGGUCGUUACGGCUAUAAGGGAAAUAAUACAGGCCAUAGAUGUGUAUAAAAAGUUUUCACACAUUUGUAAGGAGGAUCAGGAGGCACUUCUUAAAUUGCAACUUAAAAUGUGCGAGACUGAAGAGCUGAGGUCGCUUCUAGUCUUGCUAUUGCGUCACUACAAUCCGAAGUAUCACUCAAAGCAAUAUCUCCAGGAUGUCAUAGUGACAAACCACAUCUUACUCAUGUUCCUCGACAGCGCAAUGAAAUUGCCGGAAUACAAUGGUUCCACGAACAUGCUUGACCACAUCAGACAAUUUGCUUCAUCUGAAAUAAUGUACCAGUAUGGAUUACUAUUGGAAGACUACGCCGGUAACGGAGAGUUCGUCAAUGACUGUAUAUUCACCCUGAUGCACCACGUCGGAGGCGAGCUUGAAAGUUUAAUAACUUUAUUCCAACCGAAGAUCUUGAAGACUUUUACUUCUAUAUGGAAAUCUGAAUUUGAAAUAUGCGAUGAUUGGUCGGAUCUUAUCGAGUAUGUGAUAAAUACUUUUAUAAAAAAACCCCAUUCUCUGCAAAGUACCGCGAACUUCAGACUUGAUAUUGAGAAUUUUGAUGAUGUCAAAAUUGUACCAAAGCCUACAGUUAGUCCCCCAGCACAGAGCAAGCCAGAUACACUUGAGGCUGACGAGAAGAAACCAACGACUAAAAGUAACACAAGCUGCGUCUCUAAUGAAAAAGGAAAGGGAGAGUCCAGGUGGACAGAGGAUGAAUUAUCAUCAUUGAGUUGGAAUUACAUGCAAUGCAGUGCUUUACCCGAUGUAGUUGGCGAGAUCAUUACACUGUAUAAAGAAGACGGAAUCAUUAAAUCGAGGGAUUCAGUUAUAAAAGAGCUUUACACUCAAAACCUGAUAAACAAAGAAGAUUAUGAUAAGUUUGUGAAAGGUGAAAACGACAGGAAUAUAAAAACUGUACAAGUUAUGAAAGAGAUGAGAGACGAUGAAAUUAAUAAGCUUUGUGAACAACUUACACAAGAUGGGAAGUCUAAGUUCCUUGAUUGGGUCCAAAAAGUAUUAUUGGAGACCUGCUUCGCUAAGAUAUAUUUGGAUAAACUGGCAAGAAAAAGUGAGGGUGACAAUACUAUAGAAGAAAAUGAAACUAAGUUAAGCAAGUUGAAGAAAUCUAAUGAUUUGCACAUACUGUCUCCAGUAUCGUAUCACUCCCUGCUUAUGAAUCAAUCUAUCCCGCUGGUGCCAUGGAACUGCAAGCAGGCGUCUAUUUGUAAAGAUCUGAAGUUUCUGCAGCUGCUGCACAAGUUAGGAUUUCACAUGCCUGUGGACUCCGGCAAAGUUUUUAUUCGAAUACCUCAUUUCUGGACCGCAGAUUUUCUUUAUGACGUGGCCGGAAAGAUAUCACCUAUAGAUAAAUCUAAACUCAAGUUUUCUAUAAAUGAUAUAUCGGACAGUAGUAUUUCAAAUUCGAUGCAACAAGAAAAUCUGUUGUUAUUGCCUGAUCUCACAAAAGAUAUCAGUAUGAUAGAAAAUUCUGACAAUUUCUAUCAGAUCCAUAAACAAAAACACCUAGCCACCAUGGUUAAUUUCACACCAAUGCCUAGCUCCUCGUUUAAUUCAGAAGGCGGUGAUGUUGAUAAACACAACUGGUUGGAAGUGGUGCAAAAAUCACAAGAGUACAAAAUAGCCUUAAACUUGGGAAGUAGUAUCAUUAAAAGUGAUGAGGAGGCGCAGUCGGACAUCGUCAAUCUGCAGCAGCUGCCUGUGAAGGACACGGAGGUGUCGGUUCCCCCGCUGCUGCUGGCCACGGGCCCGGUGGCCAUCAGCUCGACUGCGACUGUGACGGGCGCUACCUUCCCGGCCUCCGGCCUCAUGAUGCCUACCAUCAUGAGCAUCAAACAAGAAACCACACACUUCAACCUGCCUGUCCCUGAUUCUGAACAUUACAGUGUUUGCGAGACGGCAUCAGUUGCUUCUGAUCUCACUCGGAUGUACGUGUCAGAUGAGGAUGAAAAGCCUGAAGUAGUACGACCUAUUAUUGCAGUCAACCCUAUCCAUGAUGAAAAUGAUGAACUGUGCGGUGAUUUAGACGACGAUAAUUCGGGGAAACGACCAAGAGUGAAUUAUUUUUCUUCGUUUUAA